AUGUCGUGGAAAUUGGCCCUGCCUUCUGCAAUUGUUUGCCUCUCAUCUUUCCUGCUGUACUCUUUUGAUGUUUGGAUCCGGACUAGGCCAUUCAAUCCGCCUGACCAAACAGUCAACAGCACCCAGCAAUGGGACAUCUUACGCCAUCUGGGCGGCUACUCUCCCUGGAUCCAUAAAACCAAUGGCGUCCUCAACAUCGAUGUGCCCGAAGGUUGCAUCGUAGAUCAAAUCCAUAUGAUGUCUAGGCACGCGGAACGAUAUCCCACCUUCAAUCCUGGAAUUCGGAUGCUCGAGCUUUACCAGCGUUUGCAACAUGAGAACGUGACUUUCAGGGGAGACAUGAUGUUCUUGAACGGCUGGAACUUCUUCGCUCCUCAUCCAAACGAUCAGUUUGACCAGCUGACGACGACGGGGCCUUAUGCGGGGACACUGGAAGCCUUUGCUACGGGCGUGAAGCUGAGGACUCGAUAUGAAAAAUUGCUUGAGGAGGCCGUGGCGAAGAAGCAAACUUCGUUCUGGGCAAGUGACUCCCAACGUGUGAUUGAAACCGCCCAGAUCUUCGCCACUGGCUUCUUUGGUCUUGGCUGGGAAAAGACAGCCACGCUACAUGUCAUUCCUGAGGACCUGGAGACUGGCGGCAACACGUUGACACCAGGCCACGCUUGUCCGAAGUACGGCACCGAUCUCGAAUACGGUCACAAUUAUGGCAUCAAGAACCUUGAAGUCUUUCGGUCAACCUACCUGCCAGCAAUCAGCAAGCGCUUGAAAAAGGAGAACCCCGGAAUCGUUUUCACUGAAACGGAGAUAUACUCGAUGCAGGAGAUGUGUGGCUUCGAGACUCUCGCCAAAGGCUCAUCGCAUUGGUGCAAAGUCUUCACGCACGAUGAAUGGCUGAGCUUCGAGUACGCGCGAGACCUGUUGUACUACUACCGUUCAGGUCCGGGCAAUCGAUACGGGCCUUCACUUGGAUGGCUGUGGCUGAAUGCAACGGCAGACCUACUGCGGCAGGGACCAGAAGCAGGGCCAUUGUUCUUCAGCUUCAAUCACGACGGAGACAUCACCGCCAUGUUAGGAGCCCUCAAUCUCUUCCCUCAACACCCACAUCUCCCCAAUUCACGCCAGCUCAACGAUCGAGCAUGGCGCAUGUCCGACGUGACACCCAUGGCCGGCCGCCUGAUCUUCGAACGCCUCUCCUGCCCCGCCGAAGUCACCUGCUGGGACAACGCCCAAUACGGCUACCCAAACCAUCUCUACUGCGAACCACCACACAACGACACCUACAUCCGCAUCAACGUCAACGACGGCAUCGUCCCGAUGCCAGACUGUCGCGACGGCCCGGGCGGUGCAUGUCCGCUAGAAGACUUCCUCGAGAGGGUGAGGAGGCGGGGCGAGGAGGUCGAGCCUUUCCAUGAGAUUUGUGGAGUGGAGGAGGGGAAGCCGAGGGGGAUUAUGUUUUUGCAUCAGUAA